UUGUCAUGCCCUUUUGGUACAGGGAAGUCAGUCGGGGAGACUCCUAAACAAUGCGCACAGUCCCUGCUACAGACUUCUUGCAUGUAGUGCAGCUGUACCAGCCAAUUCCAGUGCAGCUGGGCCGGAUGUCAGGUCAUACUCCCCCAUACCUUGGCUUGUUUUCAGGUCCACUGCUUUGCAGGGGACAGGGAGGGACUCCAACACUUCCCCUUUUCUCAGCUCUUUCCCUGCAGUGGAAAUGAGCAGGAAGGUGUGUGGAUAGGGUGGAGGUGAGAGCAUGUGCCAUGACAGGAGUGGCAGGGAGAGGAGAACUGUGCUGCGGCAGGUCUGUUUUGAACGGGCACAACUCAGUUCAGUCUAACAGUGAGGCCUCCGCCUUGUGCAGCACCCACCAUGCUGGUGCUUUUCAGCUCCGUUGACCUCUUGGGCCAUCUAGGAAAAGAUCGAGUGAACCUAGAAAUCCAGCUGCCCUGUUCCAAGGUAACCCUCCCAGUCAGGCUUGGAUCGCACAGGCUGGGCAGCGUGGCAAGAGUUUAUGUUGCCACCAGCUAGGGCAGAGGUGGGCAAUUGUUUGGGCUGGAGGGACACUUAAGGAGUUUUGAUGACCUGUUGUGGGCUGGGCACGGUGGGGAGCAAUUGAUCCUAUCCGGCCCUGGUGCCCACCACCAGGAGACCAGGCGGAGCGGGUGGGCAGGCAGGGUCUCCAUGCAGACUGGCCCAGGACCCCUGCGGGCAAGGCGCACUCGGCCAAGUGGAUGGGAUGUGGCUUUGGGCAGGCGGGAAGCGGCAUCCAGGAGUGGGCCAGGAUCAUGGAGCUGUGACAGCGCAGGGCUGGGCCCUGGGACAGAGCCACAAUUAGCUCCCCGCACAUCCCUGUGACGGACACCAGUUCCAGGUCCCAGGCUAAUCUCUAUGGAGACCUUGCCCAUCUGCUCCAUCCGACAUCCCCAGCAGUGGAUGCAGGAUGGACAGCUUGGGGUGCCUAGGCAAUCAAGCUGGGUCCAGUGGUGGUGGCAGAGAUGCUGGUGGUGGCAGCCGGGCAGUGAGCCAUCACCAUGGGGGCUGCCAGGAAUCCAAGUCCGACUGCCUUGCCCUGUGCCCAGUGGUGGCGAGACCAACCGCACAUGCCAUGGCCCAGACUGCUCCCCACACCUGGGCCAGGUGGGGCCGAGGGACCUGCCGUGGGCCAGAUACAGCCCCUUGGUGGGCUGGAUCUAGCCCACGGGCCCUAUUCUGCCUACCUCUGAGCUAGAGUGUAUACUCUGAGAAGAGGGGGUAUAUUUCCUCCACAUUCAUAGGGUUGCAUCUAAAAUUUGGCAGUAAGGAGUCUUCCGGGCCAGAAGGUCUCUGCUCUGUAACGUGCCUGAUGGAGUUUGGAGCAUGUUAUAAACUGCAAUUUUCAUCUUUUUAUGCUAUGCUGUAAUUUCAAACACUUUAGUGUCACACUGGCAAGUCCAGGUAUAACAUUAGGUUGAAUGUACAUUUACUUUGAAGCAAAGUGAAGCUAUGAAAUGCUAGAACUGAGGCUGAAUUUGGGGGGGAGCUGUUGGCAAAGGGAGGGAAUCUGUUUUGAGUUAUUCUCAUAUUAACCCUUUGGUUUUACCCUAUCCUGUUUUGCACUGGUUGCCCCCCAAAAUCAGUUGGGAGCCUGGGUAUGUUGCCUCUUUGUAGAGGGUGGGCCCAACCCCUGCCACUCCUGGAAGACCCUAAAUGUCGGCAAGAGUAGGGGUAUGGUGGAGGGGGGGCAGGCAAUUUUGAUGCUGGCACUUCAUAGCCAUUGAGGGGUUCCUGUUCUUCUGAUGUAGCUCGUAUUUCCUUACGCUUGAAUGAGAGGGAGGAAAGCACCCUGGAAACUCCCCCUGAGGUGCUUGUUGAUACCCACGGGGUUGUUCUCGGGGCAAAACCGUUGUGUCGGCCGUGCAGGCCGUAGUAGCCGGCAGCAGUCAGUCCCCUUCUCUGCGGAGCAGUGGGGAGAGGUCUGCGAGAUGUUUCAGCGAUAGCAAUGGGAAGGGGAGACUGGGAUCAUGGGUGGCUUACUCUUCCCCAUCCCAUUGCCUUCAUUUAGCGGGUGCUGGACUCCCCACACCUGGCCUCUUGUCCAAGUCUUUUUGCCCAGCAUUUCUAGUCUCACCCAUCCUGGCGUCUUGGCCCAGUCUGUCCCUGCAUCUCCGCCAGUCUCCUUGCCCAGCUGAUCCAUUCCCUUCCCUCCCCAUAACUCUACCAAGCCGUCUCACCCUCUCUUGCCUUCAUUUGUCCCCCCUCCUAAGGCUCCUGGCCUCGAUCUUUGUCCCACCCAGUUUCCACCUGGGAAACCGGUUGCUUGUCUGAUCUGUCUUCCCUUUCCCUACCAGUUUGCAGUCUCUAGUCGCUUCUCAGCUCUCCCAGUGUGCAGACUCCUACUUGCUGGUUCACGUCCCUCCCAGGCUUUCCUGUCUUACCACUGGCCAGUCCCAACCCCUGCUGGUAAGACCAGUCAGAAUACUAAACUGAGGGAAGAGAAAUCAACUGCACAGAUACAGUCAGGGGGUUUAACUGCCUAAGCAGGGGUACAGCAGGCACGUGUUGGGGGAUAUUGUGGAGCACAAGCUAUGUCAUAGUGUUGCAAAAGGCAAAUCUCCUGGGGGCUGCAUUAAUAAGAGUGUAGUACGAAGGGCAUUUGCAGUAUAUUCUGACAUAAGCUGGAUGGAGUCCGGAGGAGAAUAACAGGAACAAUAUACUUAAAAGACAUGACCCACAGCAGAAGAGUUGAAGGGCCUGCUGCUUUUUUUUAAACAAAAAAAAGAGAGAGAGAGAAGGCAACAGGGGGCAAACACAUUUUAAUAUGCAGCGUUGCAUCAAUAAUAAAAUAUAAACACGUUGAGGAUCAUGAUCAGUUGCCCACCAUGAAGAAAGGACAAGAGGAAAUCAGCUUUAUUUGCACCAAAGAUGAUUGAGGUAAGAUACUGGGAACCUCCUCACUGGAAGGAUUGGGAAGGAUUGGAACGGUUGAGGAAGAUUGGGGUAUUGCCUUCACUGGCAGUUGUCAAGAUUAGGGAGAUGUCUGCUGGGAAUUGCUUGGUUGUACUUGAUUCUGCCUUGGAGCACCAGGGUGUGGAUUAGGUGGCCUCUGGAAGUCCUCACUAAGCCUUCAUUUUGUGAUCUAGGACAGCAGUGCCCGAUCUCCUGGCCCCAUGGGCUGGAGGAGCGGCACAGAGCCGGUCCCUGAGCGCAAGCUGGCAUGUCAGCUGGGAUUUGGCUGUAAAUUGGUAUGGUUGGGAGUGCAGGGUCACAUUAUCCAGCCCCCAUGACGCCCAUAGGGAGCAACAAUUCUGCCACUGCUCCCCUGCCACCAAAUUUCCAGACCUCUAGGGACCCCCAUUGGCUGGAUCUGGCCCACGGGCCAGGGGUUAAGCACCUCUGUCCUAGCACAAGAGAGGACUAAAUUGCCUUCCACUGAAGCAUGUUAUUCCUCAUGUUGCACCUCUUCUGCAAAACUAGCCUGAAGCACACUUCUGUGUCUUGACCAGAAAUCUUUCCAGCAGAGGUUAUUAAUGACUAUACGGUACCUUGUUAACAGUACAGUGCGGGAUGAUUACAGUACAGUAGCACCUAGUUUGAGUCCUCCCCCCUCUCCUCUCCCUGUUGGGAUCCCAAAGUGUUGAACAGGUGUACACAAAACAGCAGGGAGCUCAGAGGUGGAGGAGGGACCUUGCUGUCCUUAUUGUGCUGUCAUAAUACCUGUGGAUCUAGGCAUGAACCCGGAGCCUGUUGUUGGGUGCACACCAGAAAGGCAAGCCCUGCCCCAAAGAGCUUACAGUCUUCGAGCAAGAGGAUGCCAUGGUUACAGACACGCACAAGGGAAUGAGAAAACAAUGAGACCUUGUUGAUCAGCGUGAUGGGCAGGGGUCUCGGCCUAUCCACAGCCUCUCUCCAGUCAACUAUGCAUGAGCGCAGAUGGAGGCAGUUUGCGGGGGGAUAAGAGGGGAGCAACCUCCCACGGAGAGAUGAGAGACACGAAGCACAUACUUUCUGCCUUCUCAUCGCACCCCAACAAGAGAACAGCUGAUUCGGACACUUGGAAGCUGACCGCUCUCAAACUGCCAAGAUGGUCAUAAAUGCCUGCCUCCCACAGUUCAAGCCAAGGAUUCACUGCAACAAGAUCUCUGCCGACGGAUAUGAAGUGGAGAACCUCAUCUCUGAAGACCUGGCGAGGAGAAACCGGGGCUUUCGCAGCGAAUAUUUUAUCAAACCUCCGGUCCACAUCACCAUCUCCUUUCCCUUCAACAUAGAGAUCUGCAGGAUUAACAUAGAUAUCUCGUCGGGAGGCUACCAAACCUUCACUGGGCUCGAUAUUUACACGUCUACCUCAGCCAAUAAGACCUCUGGGAACAGCCCCGAGGGUCAGUUCUCGCCUCUGGCCGGUCAGCCGGUGUCAGAUAAAGACAUGUUCACCCUGGUGGGGAAGGCUGUGCUCAAAAAUCAAAGCAGAGUGACUUUCAGCCACAGAGGCUUCAAGCUGAGGCCUCCCUUCCAUCAGAUGGAAGCUGGCUUCUCCUACCCAGGAUCUGCAUCUCAAGACCUGUGGAAUAAAGGCCCAGCCUCACUCAGCAACGUAUCGCACUUAAAGAUUUGUAUCACUCACGUAGCUGGAGGUGGCCUGCCUUGCAUUAAGAGGCUGGAGGUCUGGGGCCAGCCAGCCAAGUCGUGCCCCCAGGAGUUGGUCGACGGUGUGUUCCAAGUGGCUUCUGGGUGCCACGCUCAGGACUUUGGCGGCAUAAAGCCGGAGCCGUGGACACCAAUGGAAAGUGACUGUGUGCCCUUUAGCAAUGCUGGCAGCGAGCAGCAGACUCUCCGGAAGCUGGUUGAUGUUAUUCAGGAUAUCCCUGAAGAGUUCCUGGACCCCAUCACUCUGGAGAUAAUGCCUUUCCCCAUGCUGCUGCCCUCGGGCAAGGUGAUCGACCAGAGCACCUUGGAGAAAUGCAACCGGAGCGAGGCCUCCUGGGGGAGGGUGCCCAGCGACCCCUUCACGGGAGUCGCCUUUAGCCAGCACUCCCAGCCCCUGCCUCACCCGACGCUGAAGGCAAGGAUAGACCACUUCCUCCUGCAGCACAGCAUCCCGGGCACCAACCUUCUCGGCAGGGCACAGGACUCUGAAAUGGUCGCACCUUCUUCCCUCACGAUAUCUUCUCUGAAAAGGAAAAUGGACUGUAUGGAGCAAAGUCCCCAUGACGGCAGCCACCUGGAACCUUCCUAUUUUUCUACUGCAAACUUACUAGUCACGUCUACCUCAGAGACCAGUGCGAAAAAAAUGAAAACUGAGAGCGACUCGCACUCGGCCCAGAUGGACUGUUCAACAGAUCCGGUCUCCCACGAACAGAAACUGUCACAAAGCUUGGAUGCUGCCUUGAGCUCUGCCCUCAGCUCCAUGCCUUCCUUCACAGCCAGGUUAAUAAAGGGCCACCAGCAGCCCCAUAGCGAGGGGAGCUGCAGUACUUCAUGGACUACAAGUACUGCGCCAGAGCACGACAGGAGCAGCCAAGUCCACGCGUGCGCUUCCUGCGGUAAAACAUUUUCCGCUUACUUCAAAACAGAGCCUGUCUACCAGCUUCCCUGCGGCCACCUCAUGUGUCGUCCGUGCUUAGCCGAGAAGCAGAAGUCCUUAUCAAUACUGUGCAUGAAUUGCAAAAGGUCAGUGGCCACCCACGAUGUGCUGAGGGUCCACUUCUAGCUCCUCUCCGUGGCUAUCGAAAGGUUGUGGCUGGAGAGCCCCCGGGAUGGCUCGGAGGGCGAGAUCAAGAGCCGCUGCUCUUCCACUUGCCUCUCUCGAUCAGUCCAAGGAUGCGGUCCUUUAAAGAGCUUGCCAGAUGGUCGCCCGUAAUCCGAAGCGGACCUGGUCUUCUUAUGCUCACAGAGUAGUGGGGGGUUAGGGCAUCACACAGGAGCUAAGCGAUUACAAGGAUACUUAAGCCAUAGCUUCUUUAACAAGGAAAAUGUAUUUAUAUGAUCCUGACCUCCACCCAGUCAUGCGCCAUCCAUCUCUCACCAUUCCAGCGGCUCAGUGCUUAGCAUAGGUGCCUUUCGGACUGUGUGUCUAGCUUCCCUGUGAUUUAAAACCAUUUUAAGUAUUUGACAAGCUGCCGUUCCGUCAUGGACUAGUGGAAGUCCUUAUGGUUGAGAGCACGCGAACUACCCAACUUCUCCCCUUCUCCGCACCCCCGCCCCACCGUGCUCGGCAGUCUCCCAGCUACAUGAAGAGCCCAUAGGUCACCCAUUCUGGAGACCAGUAGGCAGCGAAGAGGGGAACGUGGUUAGUGCAUUAAGUAACUGGCAAUGAUCUCAUUCUGCUCAUGCGAACGGUGUAGAAAAGCCAUUGCAUUACACACAGCGUCACUCUGUUUAUGUCGUACGACUGGACCAGCUCCCGUCCUGCUGAUAGACAUUUAAGCCUUAAUAAAAUUAUGGUUAAAGUCUC